GAACAUUUGUCGUCUAAUUUGCAAGCAGACAUCACCUGGGAGCUGACUAUAAAGCUUGCUAGCUAACGUUAACUUGCUAAAGUACUUAACGUUAGUUGCAACAUAGCAGUCGGAUGACAUGAUGCUAAUUAUUUUACUAGCAGGUUCAAAAUAUUAGUUGACGAGAAAGGUACAGUUAUUUCCCAAUAUAAAUGUUUUCAGUGCACAACAAUUGGCGCUAAUUUUGGAGGACUGACCUUGCUUUUGAAAAAAAAAAUGUUGUUCACUGCACUGGAGAACCGGAAGUUGUAACUGUUACUACCAUGAAUCUAGCGAAAACAAGCAUAACAAAACGGAAGUACAUGUUCUGAAAGGAAUUCAUUCAUCGUUCAUACUUUGUUUUGUAACAUUUUAUUAAUGUUCUAUACAUGUGGAUGGUCUGAGGUGGUUUUGGCACAUUAACCCUUUAUAAAGCAAUGAGUGGAACACUAUUCACCUGCGAAGACCCAGCUGUCUGGAGAAAGUUAUAUGGCAAAUACUGGGAGGUAGUGGAGGCCAAGUCCCUUGGGAAGGGCAAGAAGUCUGGAAAACUGCUUCCCUUGGAUAAAUGGUAUCAAGAGGAGCUGCCUGUAGCCAUCGCUGGGCGUGCUUAUAAAUACGUCACCCAACCAGAGCUGGUGAAACUGAUGGAGUGGAAGCUCACUAGGGGGAAGUUCCGUCCGCGGUUGCAGCAGCUCGUGGCCUCGAACAGUGAUGAGAUGGUGGAGAAGUGCUCUAGAAAGGCCUUCAGUCUCCUCCCUGACGUCCAGGCAGCCAUCACAGAACUCAGCUCUCUCAAAGCCCUGGGCCCAGCCACCGCCUCAGCUGUAUUGGCAGCAGGAGCUCCCGAGCAGGCUGCAUUCAUGGCCGACGAGGCCGUUGGAAGUAUCCCUGGACUGGGGCCCAUCCAGUACACACCCAGGCACUAUGCUCUCUACCUGAACAAGAUGGCUACACACACACAAACACUUAACAAAGUGGACAGCGAGCGGGACUGGACCCCCCAUAGGGUGGAGCUGUGUUUGUGGGCAUGGGCGGUGGCCAAUCAGCUGCAGCUCCCCCUGCUGAAGGAUGUGAAUCUAGAGAACAGCCUUCCCAAUAAGUCAGACCCGGAGACCAAUGACAGGCCAGCUAAGAGACAGAGGACCAAGUAAACUUUUUUUUCUUCAGAAAACUACCUUGUAAAUCCUUUAAUUUAACAAUAGAGAAUAUGACUGGGAUGAAAGAAUGUCAGGCUACCUCAACAUUAUUGCCGUAGUGUUUUGUCUUUACGGUAUGUCUAGUUUUACAGUGUAACAUGCAAAUAAACUUCCAAAUUAAAUAUUUAAACAGUA